UAUAAUCAUUUGCCCUCUCCAUCUCAUUUCAUUACUUUCAUUCUGCCAUGGCCAACCUACUUGUGUUUACUAUUAUCACGCUGUUUCUUCUCCGCUUCUGCUGCGGAUGUAUUGAGAGAGAAGCCCAUGCUCUUCUGCUCUUCAAAGCCGGCGUAAAUGACUCUGCAGGUGUACUGAGUUCGUGGGAGAAAGGAAGAGAUUGCUGCCUCUGGUACGGCAUAUCCUGUGACAACGCCACUCAUCAUGUAGUUGCUGUUAAUGUUACAGGAUUCUCUCUCUCAACUGAAAUGGAGGGCAUCAUAUCUGGGAGCUUGUGCACCCUCACUUUUGUUGCAACCUUAAACCUAUCUGGAAUGGGAUUGACAGGUACUAUUCCUCCCUGCUUCACAAAUCUCUCUCUUCUUGCACAACUAGAUUUAUUUUAUAAUAGAUUGAGUGGGGAUAUUCCUCCUUUCUCUAAUUCUUCUCCUUUAACCUACCUAGAUCUUUCUUCGAAUCUCCUCACAGGUAGCAUACCUCCCUGCUUCACAAAUCUCUCUCUUCUUGCACAACUAGAUUUAUCUGAUAAUAGAUUGAGUGGGAAUAUUCCUCCUACCCUGUCUAAUCUCUCUUCUCUAACUAGCCUACAUCUUUCUUAUAACGAACUCACAGGCAGCAUUCCCUCCUCUCUCUCUCAUCUCUAUUCUUUAACUAACCUACGGCUUGCUUAUAAUCAACUCACAGGAAGCAUUCCCUCCUCUCUCUCUAAUCUCUCAUCUCUGGCUGUGCUAAUUCUCUGCAGAAAUCAACUCAUAGGAAGCAUUCCCUCCUCUCUCUCCAAUCUCUCUUCUCUAACUAAACUAUAUCUUUGUGAUAAUCAACUCACAGGAAGCAUUCCCUCCUCUCUCUCUAAGCUCUCUCUUCUAACUAGUCUAGAUCUUUCUAAUAAUCAACUCACAGGAAGCAUUUUGUCAUCUCUCUCUAAUCUCUCUUCUCUAAGAUUCCUACAUCUCUGGGAGAAUCAACUCACAGGAAGCAUUCCCUCAUCUCUUGCUAGUCUCUCUUCUCUAAUGAACCUAGCUCUCUCUUCUAAUCAACUCACAGGAAGCAUUCCUUCCUCUCUCUCUUAUCUCUCUUCUCUAACUUAUCUAGAUCUUGCUGCGAAUCACUUGACUGGUUGUAUCCCAGAUUCCUUGGGCAAUCUCUCUUUACUGGAGGUGAUGUUACUUUCAGACAACCAACUGAAUGGAACUCUUCCCCCCUCCUUUUCAAGGCUCUCCUCCCUUACUUACCUUGGAGCUGAUGGGAAUUCAUUCAGCCAGGAUAUUUCUUCCUCAACACUACCCUCCACGCUUGAGUUUCUUGAGCUCUCACUAAACAACCAUCAGAUAAUUUCAGAGCUUUUCUUUCAUAACCUUAGCAAAUUAUCAGAUUUGUCCUUAUCCAAUUGUGCACUUAACAACAGCCCCACAUGGAUUCCCUCAUUUCAGUUAACACGGUUGCUUUUGACAUCAUGCAAGGUGGUGGAUGGUCAAAUCCCCUCAUGGAUUUCAACUCAAUUCUCACUUGAAGAGUUGCAAAUAGCUGACAGCAAUCUUGUUGGAGAAAUUCCCUCUUGGUUACAGGAUAUGAGACUACGCUACAUCAAUCUCACAAGAAAUCAUCUGCAUGGUGAUCUUUUGCUCAAUACUUCAGCUUGGAAGGCAAUAGAGGUUGUAGACAUGUCUAACAAUGCAUUGUUUGGACAGAUACCACCAAUUUGGCCACCUCAUAUACAAUUUUUGUUGCUCAAUGAUAAUUGGCUAACGGGAAAUAUUCCCCCAAGCAUGCAGGUUAACUCUUCAUUGCAAGUGUUAAACUUAGAAAAUAAUCAUUUGAAUGGAAAAAUCCCUUCAAGCAUAGCCAACUUUUCCUCACUUCAAAUUUUGAAUUUGGGGAAUAAUAAUUUUGGGGGUAUGAUACCAUCUGAGUUUGGUCAGCUAAGUCAACUACAAUCACUAGUGCUAAAGGAUAACCAGUUGAGCGGGGCAUUCCCUCCUUCAAUAUCAAAUUGCACAAAAUUACUUUUUCUAGAUAUCGGGCAAAACCUAUUGAAAGGCCAAAUUCCAAAUUCAAUAGGAAACCUUUUACAUUUGCAAGUGUUAGCGGCCAGAAAAAAUAAUUUUGAAGGUAACAUUCCUACAGAAAUUGGGCAGCUGAAACACCUCCAAAUCUUGGACCUUUCUUCAAAUCAUCUAUCUGGGUCUAUACCACACAAUAUUUUCAAUUUGCAAGCAAUGUUGAUAGAAUCAAAAGAGGGAUUUAUCAGGGUUCAAAAGUAUCCAUUUCUUAGUAAAAGUUAUGCAAGUUUUGAAACAGGGAUAACAAUCAUGUAUGAGGAUGGAUUAAAUAUGAAUUCUAAAGGCAGAGAUGAGCACUAUCCAUAUAUUUUUUCCACCAUGGCAGCCAUUGAUCUCUCCAACAAUCAAUUGAGUGGUAAUAUUCCUUCUGAAUUAGGAAAGUUGAAAGGCCUAAUGUUUCUCAACCUAUCCAUGAAUAAUCUCAAUGGAACAAUUCCAAAUAGUAUUGUGCAAAUUAGUCAACUAGAAUCAUUAGACCUUUCUACAAAUCAUUUUUCUGGACAAAUUCCAUGGGAGCUUGGAUCUUUGAGCUACUUGCAAGUCCUAAACUUAUCAAAUAACAACCUUUCAGAUAGAAUACCACAAGGAGGACACAUGGCAACAUUCGCAAAUUCUUCAUAUGAAGGAAAUCCAAGUUUAUGGGGAUGUCCACUUCGAAGGAAUUGCUCUUGGCCAGAUUUUGCUCCUACUCCUCCUUCCAUUUAUGCACUUGCCAAUGAAGAAGAACAAAUUGAGGAAAGUUUGUGGUAUUGGAUUGGAGUGGGACUAGCAUAUGGUGUUGGUUUUGGAGCUGUGGUGCUAUCUAUUGUACUAAGAAAGAAGUGGGGAGAAAAAUACUUUCAUGGUGUUGAUAUGGUGUUGAAAUAUUUUUUUCCAUGGCUCCACAAUUUGAAAAUAUGAAAAGUUUGUUCAGAUCUUGGAGUACUGUACUUGAAGAUUUUUAGUGGUGCAGUAAGGGGUAGAUUGUACAAAUUCAUUGUGCUCAUUCAUAUUAUCAUAUAUUUUUUUUUAUGGUAGCAUUAAUAUUACCAUAUAUAUUUUUAUGCUGGCUAGUCAACUACAUGUAUAGCUUUUAUUUCAAAUAUAGCAUAACUAAAAUUUGAAGCAUUUUUAACC